AUGGUUUCUAAAGUAUUAGUAGGAAUUUAUGAAAAUAUGGAAAAAUCAUUAAGAGCCGCAGGAGUAAUAGCCGGAGAUCUAUAUCUAGCUAGUCGAGACGAUUGGCCCAGUCCUCAGAUGAAUCGUGAUCAAAGAUGUCUUCCGCUUAGUGCAGAAGCUGAGCAAAAAUUGUUCUUUGAAAGUACCGACACCGGAUCGACGCUGAACCGGAAGUCUGGGCGGCAUAUGAAAUAUCCAUACACACUGUCAGCAAAAAUAGCGCAAUUUCCGUUGUUCUAUUAUAUGAAGAAUAAUAUUAUAUGGAUGUACUAUCCUCUUGGGAUUUUAACGGGGUUUUAUUUUUUCAUGAAAAUUCAUGUGGUUGUUAAUUCAGAUGAAAAUAAGCGUAGUUGGGCUGAAUCGCAAAGAAAGAUUGCAGAAAAAGAAGCCCACCAUUGA